CCGAACCGGAUAUCCUGUCCGCCAUCCGCGCGUGAAGAAACUCCGCCACACGUGGAAUCCAGAAGAGAACGAACGUGCUACCCGCAAAAUCUUUUUUUAAAACAUAAAACAUAUAUCUUCGAUAUAUUUUGGUCCCUUAAAACGCUCCAUUUUCAAGAUGUUCCUGCAGUUUUACCUGAAUGAGGACGGAGACAGAGUCUACACUCUGAAGAAGACUUGUCCGGCCGGGCAGCCCACCAGCUCUGCCCACCCGGCUCGCUUCUCUCCGGACGACAAGUUCUCCCGACACCGGGUGACGCUGAAGAAACGCUUCGGCCUUCUGCUCACCCAGCAGCCCAGACCGGUUCUGUGAGGCGACACCGCAGGCGGAGAUUAGGACUGUGAAGCAAAAAUAAGAAAAGAAAACAUUCAGGAGUCCAACUUGUGACCGAGCAGCUGGGAUCUGGGGCUGUUUUCCACCUCAUUGAUCUUCAUUUUAUGUACCGUUUAGUUUGUCGACAUUAUUUCAUGGAUGAUAUUUUGUUUUUCAUAUGGAAUAAAUGUCCGGUUGAUGUUUUUUUUUAAUUUAUCUGAUUGUUUCAAUGUGUAUACGUUCACAUGUGAUACAUUUAGGAAGAAAGGUGGAGAAACAUCUUGUGAAUCUUAUGUUGAAGCCUUUGCAGUCAGAUUUUUUCCCAGAUGAACCAAUGAGACGUUUUCCUUUGGCGUGUGAGACGUUGCUCUCUGUCAUUAUCAAACGUUUUUUGAUACGUUCCUGUCUCCUUGUGGGAUUUUAAAAUGACCGUACAUUUCCAAAUGCUUACCGUCUGCAAUCUUUGAUAAAUCGCCAAGAUGUCAA